GUCCCGGGACUCGGACCAAGUAACAACUGGUGCAGUGAUAACAACUGAACAUAUACAGUGAUAACAGGGAAUUCCGAUGUUUCGGAGUGUUGAUAACAGUUUACUAGUAAUUAUGUAAAACAGUGUGUAACAACCCGGUUAUCAGGUUGUGGGACCGGCAGACUUGUUGAUUUACGGAUAGAAAGCCGAUACUUGCGAAGAGUGGAUCCGUUACUGUGAGAGUGCUUCAUCUCCUCACGGAGGCCUUCAGACAUGAGGCAUCCCAAAGAAAGCUUCAACAAUAACCCUUCUUCGGGUCAGAAGAGAGCCAGCAGCGCAGGCGCAAGCAAUGUGUCGUCCACUAGCCAAGAGCCUAGGCCGAUAGUUGUCGAUGAACCGGCUAUCACCAACGGAAGUGCGAUGGCUCCCGCGCCGCAGUCGAGCACGAGCGGCGCGCGCGCAGCCACCGAGCACUCUCCCAGCUACGAGCCAGACUUCAUGUACGUGGAACAAAUCCCUAGCAAUUGGAGUGCGAUGUCUCCCGCAACGUCAUCCAGUGUGUACUCUCCUGGCUGGCAGCCUGACUUCAUGUCCUUUGAACAACCCCCCAGCAACAGUGCGAUGUCUCCCGCGCUUUCACCCAGCGUGUACUCUCCUCGCUACGAGUCUGACUUCAGGUACAUGGAACAACCCUUCAGCAAUACCAGUGCGAUGACUCCCGCGCCGCAGCCGAGCGCGAGCGGCGUGCGCGCAGACAGCGUGUUCUCUCCUGGCUACGAGCCUGACAUCAUAUACGUGGAACAACCCUUCAGCAAUAUGAGUGCGAUGUCUUCCGAGCCACAGCCAAGCACGUCCGGCGCGCACGCAGCCAGCGUCUACUCUCCUGCCUACGAGUCUGACUUCAUGUACGUCGAACAACCCCCCAGCAAUAGGAGUGAGUUACCUCUAGCAGAACAGCCGAGCACAAGUAGAGGAGCUUACACCGGGCCCGCUGGGUACAGAAGUGCGAUGGCUCCCGCGCCGCAGCCGAAUGCGAGAGGCGCGCGCGCACCUAACGUGCCCAGAGUCGAGAUUAUAGAACAGCCGGCUCGGUACAGAAGAUUCCGGUACUUUACUGAGGUGGACUCAGCGGGCUCGAUUCGCGGCGAGCACUAUACGGAGGAGCACAAAACAUACCCCACUAUCAGGAUACUGGGCUUCAGAGGACGCGUCAUCAUCAUCGUGUGUACUCUCACCAAGGACAGCCCUGGGGCUUACAAGGUGCAUCCAGCGUGUCUAGUGGGUGAUAAUUGCAUGUAUCACAUACUUCAAGAAGAAGUAGAUGUAACUGAGGACAACUGCGUCUUUGAGUUCAACAACCUUCGCAUUCAAUACGUGGCAAGUAAGAACGUCAACGAAGAGCUCCAGUUGAGGAAGAAACUUAGAAUUGAUCCGUUUAAACAGGGGUAUGGGCACAAGCGGCUAAGUAAAGUAGACCUGCACGCUGUGAGGCUGUGUUUCCACGUGUUCGAGAAAGGCGCGAGUCGCGAGCUGGCACCACCUGUCGUCUCUGACAUCAUCUAUGACAGCAAGUUCACUGGCGACCUGACUAUCAAGGAUUUUUGCUACCACUCCGGGCCCACUACUGGCGGGACUAAAAUUAUUUUCGUGUCUAAACAGGUUUCAAAAGGGGACAUCGAAGUAUUCUUUUACGAAAUAGAAAACGGAGUCAUAGUGUGGGAGGCGCCGGCUACUGACAUAAGAGUAUACGAAAGGACUGCCAUAUCCUGUCUCAGCCCGCCUUAUAGGGACAGGAUCAUCAACAACGAUGUGCAGGUGUUCUACCACCUUCGGAGGCCAUCGCACAACAGCACCGGGACCCCUGCGCGGUUCACAUACAGGGCAGAACAGGACGAUGAGGAAGUAGUAAGAGCAAAGAAACGCAAGUCAUUACUUCCCAUUGUGCGGGAGUAUAUAGAUUGGCAGCCGCCGGUAACUCCUCCACAGGACUACGCAAUGCAAUUUGAUCAGAAUGGGGAACCGCUACCUGGUCCAAGCCGACCUCGAACAUUCCACUCUGACGUGCCUGCCAGCUACUCUGGCGUGCCUGCCAGCUACUCUGACGUGCCUGCCAGCUACUCUGGCGUGCCUGCCAGCUACUCUGACGUGCCUGCCAGCUACUCUGACGUGCCUGCCAGCUACUCUGACGUGCCUGCCAGCUACUCUGGCGUGCCUGCCAGCUACUCUGGCGUGCCUGCCAGCUACUCUGACGUGCCUGCCAGCUACUCUGACGUGCCUGCCAGCUACUCUGGCGUGCCUGCCAGCUACUCUGACGUGCCUGCCAGCUACUCUGACGUGCCUGCCAGCUACUCUGGCGUGCCUGCCAGCUACUCUGGCGCGCCUGUUUUAAACCGAGUCAACUCUGUCAGCACGCAUUUUGAGCAAUUACAUGUGCAUCCUGAGCAACCAGAAUCGCAUCAUGAGCAACCAGGAUCACAGUUUGCGCUAAUUAAUGAAAACAACGAGGCUGCUGAUUAUAAUAAACAGGAAUCUCUGCCAUCACCCUAUGACAACCAAAAUGAUGAAACUGACACCAAUGACGAAUUUGACUUGGAUGAUAUCUACUUAAAUGGUUAUUUCGAUUAAGUUAUUGCCUAGUCUAGUAUUUCUUUAUAACAAAGAAACAUCGCUUAAUGUCUAAGUUAUAAGUUGUAAGUUGCAUAGCAUAGUGGAACAUGGACUAGAAGAUGUGAUCACCACGCUAGCAUAAUGGCAGAUCGGUGAUGUAUAUUUUAAUAAUGUGUUCAAUUUUUUUAUCACCAAAGUGCCAUCUUGAUAUUAAGUAAUAAUUCAAUAUUGACCUAUCAGGUUUUAUUAUGUAAGUAAAUCUUAAUAUAUAAAAGAAAGUCGUGUUAAUAACGCUACUUAUAACUCAAGAAUGACUGAAUAGUUUGAGAUGAAAAUAUUUUUUGAAAAUGUUUAUAACUUUGAAAGUUUUACAGGUGCUUGAAAAGUAACCUUUGAAAGGAAGACGAAACGCUCAAUUAAAAUAUUUGUUAUGUAUUAUGUAAGACAGAGUUAAAGAUCUAUCUUUAAUCAGGUUUUGUGUUGUAUGCAUGGUCUGACCGUUUUUUGGUGCAGUUGACAGUCUUGUCAGACAGUAGAAAAAUGCUACUUUCCCUUUUAAAUUGACAGCUGAAAACUGCAUAAAAGAUUCUCACAGAACAUUCAGUGCUCCUUUAUUUGGUAUGUACUAUGUUGAAUCUCUAUUAAUAGUAAGUAAAGUCUGCACAGUUGUGUAUAAUAUUAUAAAUUGAAUCUUGUACAAUAAAUAGUGGCUCCGAAGUACCUAAUGCGACUAUUUUUGAUCAAGCACUAACACCCAAUCCAAACAUAAUAGAUUAUAUCGGAUUAUAAAGGGUGUCAUAUUGAUUGAGUGGAUUAGGUACUGAGAGAUUAUUACGUUUUAAAAUAGUGUUAAGUUAGUUUAAUUAUUUUUAUUGCUUCAUCUCCUUUUUAGUUAUGUUAGAAUUUAAAAAAAAAAACAUAAAAUGUAAAAAAAAAUCCUUUGACCCAGCUAGAGAGUACCUACCUACUUAGGUAUAAUAAGUAUUUUUUUUUAACGUUUUCCGUACUGAGGUAUUUAUUUAUUUAUUGCAAAAUACACACAUACAGUAUAGAAAUGCAUCCUUAUGCUAGGUAUACAUUACCCUGUCAGGGCGCAGCAAAUCUUUACUAAGCUACCUCAUCAUUUUUAUAAUAACUUUAAGGUUUAUUAAAGCUACCUCACACAAUAGUCACGUUUUUACAUGAUGUAUUUAAUUUUUAUAAUUAAAAAAACCCUGUUUUAUACAAUAAGUAUUAUUUUUGUGGUUCUCUGGUAAUACCUACCUAUGUGCUGGUACUUUAGCAGAUUUCAUAAAUGUACUGAUAAUGACUGAUACUUGCAUUUUAACAAUAAGAAAUAUGAAGAAACAUAAUCUGGUCCUAAUACUGUAACGGUAGGCCUCCCGCGUGUGGACUUCUGCCAGUGACCUAAUACCCUAGCCAAAGGCAAGCUUUAUCUCAAAGAGGCUGUAUAGCCUCAUAGGUGCCAGUCAAACUGACGAAUUUAUUAACGCCAUAAUUUUA